GAAACUCAAAACACACAACAGACAAUAACAACUUUAGCAAAGCUCAAACACUUUCUUGAUUAGUAUUAUCAAAAACACAAAAUGGGUCGUGGUUAUAAUCUACUAUUCAUUCUAGUAACGUUUUUAGUAUUGGUUGCAGCUGUAGCUGCACAAGGAAACAGUGGCUCGAGCCGUGGUGGUGGUCAAAGACCGCGUGUUGGGUUCUAUGGAAAUAGUUGCCGAAACGUAGAGUCCAUUGUGGCAUCGGUUGUUCGACAACAUGUCCAGUCUAACCCGGCUAAUGCACCCGGGAUUUUGCGUAUGCAUUUUCACGAUUGCUUUGUUCGUGGCUGCGAUGGCUCGGUUCUCAUCGCUGGUAACAACACGGAGAGAACCGCUGGUCCAAACCGUUCAUUGAGAGGGUUUGAAGCUAUUGAAGAGGCUAAGACUAGGCUUGAGGCUGCGUGUCCUGGAAUUGUCUCUUGUGCUGAUAUCCUCACCCUUGCUGCUCGUGACGCCGUUGUUUUGACUGGUGGGCAAAGCUGGCGAGUGCCAUUGGGACGUCUAGACGGCCGUAUUUCGCAAGCCUCAGACGUGAUCUUACCCGGACCAAACGAUGCAGUGGACAAACAGAAGCGAGACUUUGCUGCUAAAACUCUUAACACAUUAGACCUCGUAACUCUUGUUGGCGGACACACAAUAGGAACAGCUGGUUGCGGUUUGGUGAGAGGCAGAUUCUUUAACUUCAACGGCACAGGACAACCCGACCCAUCAAUUGAUCCGACUUUCGUACCAUUGGUUCAGGCUCGAUGCCCUCAAGCUGGAGACGCAUCAGCCCGAGUCGACUUAGACGAAGGUAGUGCUGGCAGGUUUGACACAUCGUUCCUAAGUAAAGUGAGGUCAAACCGCGUGGUUCUACAGUCCGAUCUAGUCUUGUGGAAUGACCCCGAGACACGAGCCAUCAUAGAACGUUUAUUAGGCUUACGUAGACCAUCCUUGAGGUUCGGAGCAGAAUUCGGGAAUUCUAUGGUCAAGAUGAGUCUUAUAGAAGUCAAGACAGGAUCAGAUGGGGAGAUUCGUAGGGUUUGCUCUGCGAUCAACUAAGAAAGUGAAUGAAAGCACAACACUGUGGUUUGGUUUAAAUUUAUGAUUUGGUUUACUAAUAAUAAUUUGUUUGAUACAAUAAGCUUGUGAUUAGCAUUUUGUGGUUGAUGUUUACGUUGUCAAGUGUAAGAUUGUACUCUAUAACAUGAAUGUAUUAUGUAAUAAAUAAAAUUUGUCAUUUGUUUU